UGCACAAGGCGAGAUUGGAAAAUCAUUUGCACCGUACACCAUUAAACAAGCAUGACGAAGAAACGGAAGCGUAGUGGUUCUUUAACUGAUGCAGACGCGAGUAAAGUCAAGUCUGUGGCUGUGGAGUUCACUGGGACUCUGUUUAAAAACCAGUUGAAACGUCCAGAAGGAGUGGAGAAAGGUUUGGUGACCUUUAUUUCUAUAGCCAAACAGUUACCCUGCUCUGGACUGUAUGAUGUUGUGGAAGGGUACAUAAAAAUUUCAGCUGAAUGUGCAGAAUUUUUUAAGCUGCUUGAUGGAGAAAACUUGACAGAAAAGGAGAGGAUUUUAAUUUUCCAAGCCUUGGAGGCCAUUUUGCUGCGAACUGCCAGUGAUCUUACCCAUUUUAGUUCAGUGGGGAUGAACAUAGUGAAGAAAGUGCUGUAUGGUUACAUGAAGUUAAUAUACUCAGCACUCUUCUCAGCAAGUCACAGAUGUACCAAAGCAUGCCUUCACUUAUUGUCUGCAAUGGUAAGCCAAGGUCCAGAAGCUGCACGAAAUUUCUUCAGUCACUUUGAUUUCAACAACAAAUUCCUCCCAGACUUAUUAAAAAUCAGAGAUAUAACAGGGAAGCCUGAUGUUCGUAUGGCUUAUAUCCAGUUUGCAAUUUCGUUUCUGAUUGCUGGCGACAACAACACAAUUAGCCAAGUCCUGGAGUUAAAAGAUUUUAUUGCAGAUAUAUUCACUUCUGGACUAAAAGAAGAUCAUAUUUCUGUCAUAAAUUUACUUCUAUCAACUUUUAAAGCAAAGGUUGUGCAAAAUAAAGCCAUAAGUAAAACACAGAAGGUUCGCUUAUUCUCAGUAGGAGUUUUGAGUCAGAUUGCUACAUUAUAUCGCUGGAGUGGAACAGUUGAUGUUCAGGUCGAUACUGGGAAGGAAGGUCAAGAUUCAACGAUAGCUGGAAAGGAUCUGGUUCGAGAACUUGUGCACAAUUUCUUGAUUGAUCUCUGCUGCUCACUUAAAUAUGGCAUAAAUUUUUAUGAUUCUAGUCUGGGUACAGCAAAAAGGGGAGGGAAUGUGGUGCUGCUGAGGUUCCUGCUUGGCUUAAAAACAGCGACAGAAGAUGAGCUAGUGGCUGACCUCAUCGUGAACAUCCUUAAAGUGUGUCCUGAUUUAUUGAACAGAUUCUUCAAAGAAACACAGUAUUCCUUUGUCCCCAGACUUAAGACAGUUUGGCUAGACAAUAUGAAAUUGCUUCGAAAGAUCUAUGAAGCUCAGCCAGAAGUUUCCAAGGCUUUCCAGACAAAGGAAUACAUCCCAAUUUCUCGCCUUCUGUCUAUGGUGAUGGUUACAACAGUACCUCCAGUGGCAACUAAAACCAUGUUUAUUCAAGGAAUCAAUUUUGCAAAUAAAGUAGUUCAACAGACAACUUUAUCUCUGCUAGCAUUUGUUCUGAAGAGGGCUCUGAAGAAUAUUGAGCAUUGUCUGAAUGAGGAACUGUGGCAACACUCUGAAAUUUACACUCCCAGUGCAAUGGAGGACUUUGCACAGCAGUUCAGAGAAAUCCUCUGCAAGCAUUUGCCGGACAUGAAUAGCAUUGUAGCUACUUGGCAAUCACUUUUAAAAAAUGAAAAUAAAGAUGGAAAGCAAGGACAGGAAGAUGACAACAACAAAAAAAAUGAAACUGUAGUCAUGGAGACUUCAGAUGUUACAGAAGAUCAUGCUGGUGAUGAUGUUGGAACCACUAUUGUAAAGGCAAUGGUACUCCAGGUUAUGUGUCUUUACCAGAAAGUGGUCCCUCAUGUGGUUUCACAGUGUGCAUUUGAUUUCAGUAAAUUACUUAAAGGUAUUGUGAGUGAAAAGGGGGUAAAAGAAGAAGUUGCUCCAGUCCUACAGCAUUGCAUUCUGCAGCUGGCUCUGGAGCUGCCUUCCAAUAAGUUUGCCUGGUUCAGGUUUCAGGAUAUUGCAAACACAGAUAAAAAUACUGGAGAAAAGUCAGUAUUUUAUUUGUUGCUUAAAAUGUACGUGACCUGUAAGAGCUCUCAUCUGAAAACAUCAACAAAACAGCUUAUAAUAAAGGUAUUACGGGACACUGGAAUUUUUGAAUAUACUUGGAAUGAAUUAGAAUUGUGGAUGAAAGGCCUUCAUUCUGUUUCACAAUCAGAACAAGAAAUUGUCAUUCUGUUUCUUGAAAGAGUUUUGAUAAAGUUAAUACAAAACCCACAUCCUUACACUGACCAGAUUUCAGAAGCAAUACAAGAAGCAAUUACACUGCAAGCACAGCUUGAUGGGCAGGACUUGGAUGCUGUUAGUUUGCCCAUUUCAAAUAUUGAUGAUGUGCUGGAUAUGGUGGACAUUAUUAUGGACACUAGUGAAGGUCUGAAUGAUGAGGAUGGGUUUACUUUAAGUGAGGAUGUGAUUACACAGACAUUUCCUUUCAGUGCAGUGGUCACAGCUGCUUUGGAAGCCAGGAACAAAAUGGUCUUGGGAAACAGUAAUGGAGCAGAUGCUGUUUUACAGUACCUUAUUGCUACUCUUACUGAUGUUCUACAUGUACAACAAGAUCCCUUGGCUUUGUGUCUAGUAUUACAGAUGUAUGACAAAGAACUGAAUUCAUUUACUGAAAAUCAAAGUUUAGUCAAAAAUAUUUUGCAGUUUUAUUCUUAUUACAAUCUUUGGAUCCCACAGCAAGCUAAGGAGACACUGUUUGAACGAUUUGGUACGGAAAGUACACAUUCUCUUCCAUUGAAGGGAACUUCCUUCUGCAGUCUCCUGAUGAGAGCAUAUGAAAUGGGGGUCAGCAUCCUCCUCAGUGAUGAUGUUAAAGGGAAUUUGAAACAGGCAGUCACACAAUUGCACCUGUGUGAGCUCGUUCUGGCUGUGAAGCAAGUGAUGCUGUAUACCCGAAUGUCUGUGGCAAACUUUAACAAAUUGGGAAGAAGCACUGGCUUAGGACUGAUUGAAUUAUGUAUUGAUCUCUUGAAGUCACUGCUACAUAAAUGUGAACAGUCUGAAGAUAUUAUUGAAGAGAAAUUAGAAAAGCAAGAAAAUGAGCUUUUCAUUGACUUUAAUUCUGACACAGAUGAACUGACAAAAGAGCAGUUCCCUGCUGCAGAUAUUGAUUCCUUGCAGGUUCUGGAGAGCAUGUUAUCAACAGUUUUUAAACACCCAACACUGGAGCAGUGGUUUAUGGCUUUGGAAUUACAAGCUUCACCAACACACAGUCUUAACCCUAUCAGCUUCAAAAUGUUGUCAGCUCAACUUAGCUCAGGCACCCUAAGCCUCCUCGGACUAAGUGUCCCAUUUUUGCAGAGACUUGGUCGCAUGGAUAUAGUGUUAACUUAUUUUAAAGCUAUAGAGGAAAGUGUUUUGAAGGAAAUUGAAAUGAAAAAGUUAUCUACACCUAAAUCAACAGUAGUGAGUAAAAAAACCUUGUCUUUAGAAGCCCUGGAAAAUUUAAACAACUAUAUGGAUAUAAAUUCGCUCAAAAAUAUUGUGACAUCAAUAUUGGAACUUCCAGAAGGAUGUCUAGCUCUUGAAAGUAAACCUGACGAAGAGGGUGAUGGAGUGAAACAGCUGAGCUUUUAUGGAAAGGCUUUGGUAAAAAUCCUCACAGAAAAUCACCAGAAGACUCCAGACAGAGAUGAUCUAUUAUUAUCAUGUGACCAUUUCAGUGCUGUUGGAACACUUUUACAAUAUUCUAACUGUGAAGAGUUGGAGAAGGUGGUUCUACGAGUUCUAGUGAAAGAGCUAGUAUUCGCACAGGCCGUGAGGCCAGAUAUGUUUCUUGAUUGUUUGAAUCACAUGACUGAAGAUUCCCUUUCAAUUUGCAAAUUUCUUAUUCAGCACAACAAGACCAGCCUUUUACAGUUUGAGCUUUGGUGCUUAGAACCAGGCAGAGUGAAACAUCUUCGGAAAAAUAUGAAUGCUUACCUUUCACUUCUUAGCACAUAUCUAGAGUGCCAAGAAAAGAGUAAAUAUACACGACCAGAGAGAGUCUUUGCAGAUGUCAUCAGGGUUAUUAAGAAUACCAUGUGGACAAGGCUGUUAAGCAAAAUUGCAUCAGAUGAUCCAUCCACUGAACUUGAUUCACAGAUGAAAGUAUUUACUAGAUUAGUGCAACAGUUGCCAUCAUCACGUGAAGAUGUUGCAGGUAUUAUGGAACAACUUCCUGCAGUACUGGAGAAAACAGCAACUUUAUCAAGGUGGACUUUAGCAGAUGCAAUAACAAAUGUACUGGAGGAAUACCCUGAGGACAAACAAUCUUGGAGGAAAUCCCUACUGAAGGCUUGCAUCCGAUGGUUAGUGUCCAACUAUAGCAGCUGCAAGGUGCAGGAAGAGAAUAUGAAGGAGACUGAAAUGGCACUGCUGGGGAGAUUGCAGGAAUUACUGAUUUCAGUUGGUGAGGUCAGUUCAGAUGAUUGGAACAGUUUUGUAAAGAAUGGGCUUAAAUAUCGCUAUACAGAUCUGGGAUUUUUAGAAGCCCUCCUGAAAUUAAUACCAGUAUUGUAUGAGAAAGAAGAGCUGGCUCAAAACUUGGUGUCACUUCCUAUGGUUCACAUGAUGGUAACAAAUCAUUCUUUGUUUCUGCCAACCAUGCUGAAAAGCAGCGAGGAUUCAGAUGAAAAUUCAAGAAUAAAAGAUGCUGUAAUUGAUGUGUUACUAAUCUUGGUCAGACACUGUCCAUCAGUGUGCAACAGGAACCAUUUUCCUGUAUUGCUGGGAGCAUAUGGAGCAACACUCAGCAUCACAGAUCAGAAACUGCUGCUGCUCCUACAGUCCUAUGAGAAAAACAACGUUAGCCUUGCUGAGUUCAGAUUGCUAUUUUGGGGCCCAGCCGCUGUUGAACAUCAGAAGACUCGCAAGAGCUUAGGGAAGACCCUGUGGCAACAACCAACCAUGGAAGAAAUUCUAUCAUUGCUGGACAGAGAGAAAAUGUUCCAGACCAUCAUUAACUUUCCUCAACAUAGGCAUAUGUUGCCUGAGGAAGGAAAGGAGAUGCUGUUGAAAGAGUACUGUGUUAAUAUCUAUGACCCUUGCUUCUUGCUACCUCUCUUCAGUGGAUUAAUUACACCAGAGAGUGUGGUCAACUGCUACAUGUUCGUGGACGUUAAUGCUUUUGGAAUAACUGUGGCAUCUCUUAGCAGUUAUGAUCCUAAAAUUAGAGCUGCUGCUUAUCACAUCCUGAGCAAUUACCGCACGCAAAUCGAGGCUGUUCGUUUUAAGGGGAGGCGGCAACUGAUGUAUUUGUUGGAUGUUGUGAAAAAUGGGAUCCGAGAACCUAAUGCCAGGUUAACCUUUUGCUUGGCAUUUUAUAUUGCUCAAGUUGCUCAACUGAUGCUGAAACCAGAGGAGCACAUGUAUGUGAAGAUUAACCAUUUCCUUCUGGCGCAUCAAUAUUUGGACUUAAGUAAAGUGCCUGGAUUUUUCAGGCUUUUCUACAGCUUUAAUGCGGAGCACAAGUUUGAACGUGAAUGGAUCCUCGACAUCCUUGUCAAUAGUUUAAAGGACAAGCAUUGCUUUGAGAUUUGCGACCGUCAGAAAAUAAUCCAUGUUCUCUUAGGCUUCUUUAACAGUCCAUUGUGUGAUGAGAGAACAGAGUAUCAGAUUAUGCAGAUUUUGUUACGUGCAGCACACAUUACAAAAGCAGCAUACCAACUGAUCAGAGACCACAACCUACUGACUUGGAUAUCGCACAUCUUGCAGAGAAGGACUUUAGAAAACAGACUGCUCUCUGACUUAGUUUCACUCCUCUAUACCUUGUGGUUCACUAACCUGGGAAACAAAGAAACGACUCAGAAGUUUCUACCUUUACCACUGAUAAAUGAAUUUCUGUUUGUUUUCUCUCUUCUGAUACAACAUAUCUGGAUAAAGAUGGAGAACAGAACAUUGUCAAAAUUUCUGCAAACAUUGAGUUCUGUUCUGCAACAUCGAUGUGAUGCUUUUGAUGACUACAAGGAGAAAGGGUGGAUUGUUCUAAAUGAAAAAGUUCUGUCUUACACAGAGGUCUUGUUAUUGUUACAUAAGUGGAGUGUUGUAGGAAAGGAGUCCCAUGUGCAGGAAUCCUUACAAAAUCUGGCUCACAAAUAUAAUGUUAAGGAAUUGCAGAAAGUUAUUAAAGAGAAGAACAAAGCUAAAGGAUUUGGUUGGGGAGCAACUCGGAGUGGCAGAAAAAAGAGAGAGGAGAUGCAAGACGAUGCUGAAAAUGAAGCAGAUGAAUCUUGUUUAGAGGAAUGCAGAAUUUCUUUGAGGUCUAUAUUCAUUAACUGGGAUGCAGAACUCCCCAGUAAAACCACUGACCCCCAAGAAAGCGAAGAGGAAGAAGACAGUGCUGUUAAAGCAACCUUAUUUGUUGUAGCUCGAUGGGUGAUAAAGUCAGCACUUGAAAAUCCUAUUAGUGAUCCACAAACUUUCUCAUUAUUGGUAUGGCUUCAGAGAAAUCUCCUGCCACAUGCUGCUGUGACUCAAGAACUUUUGAAAGACAGUAUUUUACGGCGUCACCUACUACAGUUUUAUAGUAAAAUUACUAACAGUGUAAAUGGAGAUGACUUGACAGGGAACCAUUUUCACCUCUUCACCUGUAUCAUGUUUCAGCUGCUGGAGAUUCGAGGAUUGGCAGACAGCAAUAUAUACAAGAGUGUCAUCAAGGCAGUCUGUCUUCCUGCACUGAAAGGCCAGGAUCAUGAAAGAAAAGCCGCAGCACUGGCUCUUCUGUCUGACUACUUGUGGGAUUUGUGGCUUGGAGGUCAGAAUCCUCAGCUCUUACCAUCUCAUGUAGCCUUGAUCCUAGAAGCCACUGAAGUAACACAACGACUUGACAGGAAUCCAAAAGAAAACCAGAAGCCGACUGAUGCUCUUGUAUCUCUCUGUCGAGACAUCCAUUUCCUUACUGAAAGGCUAUAGUCAGAAAACUACCUCUUUAGUUACACUUUCAAAUUCACAUUUUAUUUUGUUAAAAGGUUGGAAAAUGUAUGGUCAUGUAAUUGAAUAUUUUCAGCAUUGUCAAGAUGUGUGUUAUUUUGGAUACUAAUCUGUCAGCAUUGAAGAUGCUUUUUAAAAAAUUAUUUUUAUUAAAUGUUUUAAAUAAAUUA